AAUUUUUUUUUACCCAGUUAUUAAACUGAAAUGAAAUGGCAGGUAUCUAACUCCAUGUGAGGCAGCAUGGAGGACAUUUAAAUUUGAUAUCCACGAGAGAUGGCCGCCCGUGAAGCGCUUAUCAUUUCAUCUUCCCGGUGAACAGUGUGUAACUUUCAACGACGAUGAAGACUUGGAAAGCGUUGUUGAAAAAUGUUCAACUAAAGAUACUCAAUUCCUAGCAUGGAUGAAUGCGAAUAAGCUAUACCCGGAGGGAAGAAGUUUAACAUAUGCUGAAUAUCCGUCUAUGUUUGUUUAUAAGAAAGAUAAGCAAGUAUGGGAGCCAAGAAAGAGAGGUUUCUCCCUUGGUCGUCUUCAAUAUAUCGCUCUAGGCAUGGGCGAGGUAUAUUACAUGAGGAUUCUAUUAACCAAACAGAGAGGCUGUGACAUUUUUGCAAGUUUAAGAACUGUCAAAGGGGUUGUUUAUCCAACAUUCCAAGAUGCGUGCGAUGCUAUGGGAUUAAUGGAAGAUGAGAGGGAGUAUGUUGAUGGGAUUAUUCACAUGAGUGAGAUUGGUUCAGGGUCUUAUUUGAGGCAUUUGUUUGUAACGUUGCUCUCAACAAACGCUAUAGGAAAGCCAAGAGAAGUGUGGGAUAAGACAUGGAGAUUUUUAGCUGACGGCAUUUUGUACCACAGAAGAAGGUUGCUUAAAAUGCCAGAUCUUCAAAUAAAUGAUGAGGAUUUGAUGAACUUAUGUUUGAUUGAGAUAGAGAAGGUGUUGAGAACCAAUGGAAGGUCACUUAAAGAAUGA